UGUUUUAAUUUUUUUUUUCCCAAAAGUUUUUCUUAUGGAAAAAAAAGAUGAUUUUUAUAUUUACCAAAACCAAAAAAGAAAAUAUAAAACACUAUCCUAGCUCCCCGCGGGCCGCCCUCUCUCUCUCUCUCUCUCUCUCUCUAUGUAUAUAUAUAUUUACAUGUAACUCCCACCCUGCAAUACAGCUUAUACUGUCAAUUUUUUGGUGGAUUACUGCGUAAAGCAAACAAAUCUAAAGCCGGAAAACAGUGUUCUGUAACUACAAAUUGCCUCUGCGAUCGCUCUCCAGCUAGCUUUUCCGGCCAGUUUCUCUCUCUACAUCACAGGCCCACACAUACGCAUACUCUCUCUCUAUAUAUAUUGAUUGACGUACAGCUUCUUCCGGGUAAUACUUAUAAGGUUUGAUUCUUUACGAGUUUUCUCUGAGCUAGAAUGUGCAGGAGAGUUGAUCUCGAAUCUAUUGAAUUGUCUAUCGCGUAGGGAUUGAUUUGUUCCAUAGAAAAAUUGAGAAUUGCAAUUGAAUUUUCUUUUCCUAGGGUUUCAAAUCCAUUCUACCUGAAGGCCAAGGGAAUUGAGAUCUGGGUUUUAAAUUUGCUUUCUGUUACCGUUCGAAUCUUAAUUUUUCUUGUCAGGAACCAAUAAUUGUUACCUCAAUUCUCUCUCUCCCUCUCCCUUAGGUUUUUUUUUUGGUUCAUUUAAUUGGAAUAUUUAGUUACUGGGAAUUCAUUAGUCUAUCUCCUAGGUUUUCCAAAUUCUAACAGAAGUCAAUCUAUCAAUUCUAUCUUCUCUAGGAUUUUCAGUCUGUUAUAUAUCUCGGAAACAAAAGUUGUAAAUUCAAAUUUUACCUUCGAGGAUUUCCAUUAGAACAUCGAGACUUUUCCUAUCAAUUAUCUCUCUCCUGGGCUGAGCAAGAAUUUGCCAUGGCGUCGUACAGGCCAUUACCUCCACCUCAGCAGUCAACUUUUGGUCAGCCGCCGAAUCCGAACCCUCUUCCACCACCACCACCCCUGCCACAACAGCAGGCAAAUCAGUACUCUCAGAAUUGGGGAUAUAGUGGUGGUGGCGAUGGGUCUUCAUUUUCUCAUAAUUACAAUCAAACGCAUCCAAAUUCUAGUUUUCAACAUGGAGGUUAUGGAACAUCGGCGUCACAACAUUAUGGUCCUGCUUCUGGAAAUCAUCUUCCUCCUCCACAUCCUCCUCCUCUUCAUCAACAACAGCAACAACAGCAACAACCAUAUUCAUAUCCACCACCACCACCGCCUCCACAAGAGUCUUCAUACCCACCUCCACCACCGCCACCGCCUUCAAUGCCUGAGAAUUCAAUGAGCUUACAGCCGCAGCCCGCUUCAGCUCCAAUGUACUAUCCUUCUUCUCAGUACUCCCAAUUCAAUCAUCAGUUGCAGCCAUUGCCACCACCGCCUCCACCACCGCCUCAUUCACCGCCCCCCAGUUCUUCAAUUCCUCCACCCCCUCCAUCUCCACCACCACCUCCUUCAUCAGUUCCAGCAGUUGGCCAAAGUAAGGAAAGUAGACCAGAUGGUGAGAAACGGGUGUCCAAGGAUGUAAUGGGUUCCAGGUGGCGAGACCCAGGGCAUUCAAAUCAAGGGGCUCCCCAUAAACAACAUAAGCCUCCUGUUCCCUUGGUGCCAGCAAAGAAAUCAAAUGGGCCGUCAGGGAGGAUUGAGACAGAGGAAGAGAGGAGGUUGCGAAAGAAGAGGGAGUUGGACAAACAAAGGCAAGAAGAGAAGCAUAGGCAACAGCUAAAGGAGUCCCAGAAUACAGUGCUGCAAAAGACCCAAAUGAUAUCUUCUGGAAUGAAGGGGCACGUGUCAAUUAGUGGGUCAACCAUGGGUGAGCGGAGGACUACUACACUUCUGAGCGGUGAGAGGAUUGAGAACCGGUUGAAGAAGCCGACCACAUUUCUUUGCAAGUUGAAAUUCCGGAAUGAACUACCAGAUCCAACAGCACAACCAAAGCUUUUAUCUCUGAGGAGAGAGAAAGAUAGAUUCACAAAAUAUUCAAUUACAUCAUUGGAGAAAAUGCACAAGCCUCAACUAUAUGUUGAGCCUGAUCUUGGGAUACCGCUUGACCUACUUGAUCUCGGUGUAUACAAUCCACCCAAGGGCAAAAGGUUGCCCCUUGAUCCAGAAGAUGAGGAAUUGUUGCAAGAUGAUAAUCCAGUAACCCCUAUAAAAAGAGAUGGCAUAAAAAGAAAAGAGCGUCCUACUGAUAAAGGUGUUUCUUGGCUAGUUAAAACACAGUAUAUCUCUUCUCUUAGCACAGAAGCAACAAAGCAGUCACUGACUGAAAAACAAGCCAAGGAACUUCGGGAAACAAAAGGUGGCCGCAACAUAUUGGAUAACUUCAAUAGUAGGGAAAGGAAAAUCCAGCAAAUUGAGGCUACAUUUGAGGCAUGCAAGUCGCGACCUGUUCAUGCAACCAAUACUAAACUACAGCCUGUUGAGAUUCUUCCGUUACUACCUGAUUUUGACCGGUAUGAUGACCAAUUCGUCAUUGCAGCAUUUGAUAAUGCUCCUACUGCUGAUUCAGAAACCUACAGCAAAUUGGACAGAUCUGUUUGUGAAGCCCAUGAAUCGCAGGCCAUUAUGAAAAGUUUUGUGGCGACGGGCUCGGACUCCGCUAAGCCAGAGAAAUUUUUGGCAUACAUGGCUCCUUCACCUGAAGAGCUAUCAAAAGACAUGUAUGAUGAACAUGAAGAUAUCUCAUAUUCAUGGAUCCGAGAAUACCAUUGGGAUGUGCGGGGUGAGGAUGCGGAUGACCCCACAACGUACCUUGUGGCAUUUGGUGAAUCAGAGGCACGCUAUGUGCCCCUUCCAACAAAGCUCAUUUUAAGGAAAAAGAGGGCUGCAGAAGGAAAAUCCGGUGAUGAAAUUGAACAUUUUCCGGUACCUUCAAGUGUGACCGUAAGACGGAGAUCAACUGUUGCGGCAGUAGAACUAAAAGAAUCAGGGAGUUAUUCAGGCUCAAAGCGGGGUAUGUUGAGUUCAAAGAGAAGACGGGUAGACACUGAAGAUGGCCACGGGAGACGCCAAAAGGUUGUUGAAGACCAAGACAUGGAUCAAUCUAGUGGAGCCGAAUAUGACUUGUCCGAUUGAUUGCCAUUUCUGUAAUUGUUGAAUAUAUAGGAUGAUAUGAGUUAAGGAUGGAAAUGUUAAAUUUAUAGGAAUACUAUUUUUUGUAGUUUGGACGUAUAGAAAUCCUGUUUUGCAGCCUUGAUACGGAGGAAUUGUAUUUUGUUUCUAGUAAUUUUUUUCUAUUUUUCCUUUUUGUCAUUUUGGAAUUCGGUUGUUUUCCCAGCAAUGUUAUCUUCUUGUCUGUAUUUCUUAUUC